AUGAUUCAACCCGACAACGUCCAAGAUGUAUUGAACACAGACAUCAGAACACCCAUCCCCGAUGCGAUUGUGUCGAAGAUCAUUUCUCAACCCCCAUUCGUCAAUGUCCCAGGAGUCUCCAACAUUCGAGAUUUAAGUUUGGACAACAACCUACGUCAAGGCUUUGUUUAUCGGUCCGGGAAUGUGGCCGAUAUUCUAGAUGCAGGAAAAGCAGUUUUGGUCGAUGAGCUGAAGGUCACUACGAUUUUCGACCUUCGAAAUCAAGGCGAGCGGGAACGAGUUCCAAGCCCAGAAAUCGAAGGCAUUGAGACGGUAUGGUUGCCGUACGGGGCCAGACCAGCCUCCUUGAAUCUAAAAGAUUUCGCUGGGGAGGAUCAGGGCGACACUGGUUUUGUGAAGAUGUACACGGGUAUUCUCGAGGCCGCAAGCCCGGCAUUUACGGAAAUCUUCAAGCAUAUCAGAGAUAAGCCCAAUGACCCGUUCCUUGUCCACUGUUCUGCUGGCAAAGAUCGCACUGGAGUUCUAUCAGCAUUGAUUCUGCUCCUCAUCGACCGACCGCAUGAGGAAAUUAUUCGUGACUAUAUGCUAACUCGCGCUGCAUUGGAGCAUGUGCGCGAAAACUUGACCCAAGCGCUUGCUCUGCACUUUGGCACCGACCAUUUGAGUCCCGAAGCGGUCGGCAUGUUAGAGCUUAGUGGAGUGCGGGCGCACGCCAUGGCGGCAUUUUUGAAGACGUUUGAAAGUACAUACGGCGGCGUUGAAGGCUAUUUGACCAAAGCGCUCUUCUUUUCGCCCGAGGACAUCGGGAAGAUGCGUCAUAACCUGAUGGCUGAACAAAAGCUCAAUUAG